UUCCUCUGUUUCCUUCUUACUUCUCAUAUUCAAAGUCAACAAAGAUGAUGCAACGCUGUGGAAGCUACCAAUGCUACUCCGCCGGAGAGUGUUCUUGUGAGGCUGCGUUUUAUGGGCAGCAGACUACCUUCUUCUCCAUGCCUGCUUACAACAAUAAUUACUAUGAAUCUCAACAUUAUUCUUUCCAAUCCUCUUCUCCGGUUGUCGAUUGUACGCUCUCUCUCGGUACCCCCUCUACUCGUAUGACGGAGUUCGAUGAGAAACGCCGCGAGGAGCAGCAAUCCGCUUCUAAUUUCGCCUGGGAUUUAUCUCGCACCAAACAUCCUCCCUCCUCUAAAAGUGGCCGCCGUGGGGGUGAUAAAUCCAGCUCCAAUGCUGACCAAAUGUUAGCUCGCCACUGCGCCAAUUGCGACACCACUACCACCCCCCUCUGGCGCAACGGCCCUAGUGGCCCAAAGUCGUUAUGCAAUGCGUGUGGGAUUAGAUACAAAAAGGAAGAGAGAAAAGCAGCGAGUUCAGGGCAGCAGGCGAGUUCGAUGUACAGAAACGAGACAAGCUCGUGGCUUCAGCACCACUCGCACAGCCAAAGAACGCCCAGAUUCACACAUGGAAUUGGGAAUGAUAUGAAUCCGGGCGUGGCCAUUCUGUCAUGGAGCCUCAACGACACAGAACAACCUCAGCUUUACUACGACUUCACAAGUUGAAAUAAAAAAAAGACAACAACAGAACAGAACAGAACAGAGCAGAGCAGAACAGAACAGAACAGAACAGCACGAUGGGCGAUGGGGAGGAUGUUGGGGUGUUCUUCUUUUUCUUUAAUUUUGUUUAAUUUUAAUUAAAUUAACUUUGUUUUUAUACGGGGAAGAACAAAAAAGAAGAGAAAAAGAGAAAGAAAGGCAGGGCUAUUAUGUUGUUGAAGGAAUUUUCAAAGAUGGGGAGACGGGUUUUUGGAAAUA